AUGGUAGAGAAAAUGAAGAUAUUGUUAGUACUAACUAACCAGCUGAUCUUAUUAAUUGCCAUCCUUUCAAAAUAUGGUGGCGAGGCAAACAUCUACCAAAUGCCACUUCCGGCCCACUUGAUCUCUUGUUUAAAGAAUCGAACUUAUGGUAUCAGCCCAACGGAAUAUCCAGGUGAAGAUGUUACAACGUUUUGUGUCCAGGAGCAUCUAUGGGUCGAUUCAAAGAAAAUAUUCCCAUAUGAAGUGGCAGAGGAUACAUCACGUUGGGUUUUAAGGUUGUUUGAAAAAGGUCGGAGGGAGAAAGAGCAAAUUUUGAGGAUAAGAAAGGAAUAUAGAAUGUUAACAAAAAGCGAGCGAAACGAUUAUCAUAGGGCUGUACAAUUAUUGAAAAAAGACCAGAGUGUAUUGCCAAAUAAAUACGAUGCUAUAGUUAAUUUUCACCGUGGAGACGCCAUCGGAAGUGCACAUUUUGGUCCAGCGUUCCCCGGAUGGCAUCGAAUUUUUUGUUUGAUAUUCGAGGAAGCAUUAAGGGAAAUCAUACCUACUGUUACCCUUCCGUAUUGGGAUUCUACGUUAGACAGUGAAAUGAAAAACCCAGAAGAUUCUAUCAUAUUUUCAAAAUUAUUUAUUGGAAAUCCCGAUGGCUUAGUGACUGAUGGGCCAUAUGCAAACUGGCAUCACGAUAAAGGAGGUCUUCUAACUCGCAAUGUUGGAGCAGUUGGUCGACCAUUGGAUAAAAAAGACUUGGAAAAUAUAUUGUCCAGAAGAUAUAAUCAUGAAAUAUUAAAUCCUACCGCCAAGGAACUUAAAUAUAACUUAGAAAAUCAUCAUGGAAAAGGUCAUAGCUUCGUUGGUGGUAACAUGGGUCGUUUGAGAUCUGCUGCAGAAGACCCUUUAUUUUUUAGUUACCAUGCAUUUAUUGAUUGCAUAUGGGAAAAAUUUCGCAUUCAACAAAUGUCGAAUGGUAUUGACCCUUCAAAAGACUAUCCAAACACCAAUGACCCGUUACAGCAUCCUUACAGGUUAAUGGACGGAUUUAUACAUCAGAAUUAUACAAACAUAGAUGGUUAUAGCCAUCACUUUACACGGGAUAUCUAUACUUGUCAGGAAUUUCCAACUUGUAGCCCGGAAUAUCCAGACUGUGGAUCAUUUUGGUUAUUCUGUGAUCAGACAAAAUGGGUCUGCAUCUCGAAAAGCUACAAAGAACAUCUCAACCAUUUAGAUUCUACCCCUGUAGUUCUUAAUACAGUUCAAAACAGAUUUGAGAUAAACGGACGGGCGGACAUGGACGCUUGGGUGUAUUUAACUGUUAAAGUAUAUGUAACGCGACCACCAACAGUUAACUUCAAAUCAUAUGCGAUACGAGAUGGUAAAGCGUCAAGCACUGAUGUGUUCUCUGCAUCUCAUUAUCAAAUAAUGAGCGACAAAAUACAUCCGGGGAAUCCAAAAUCUUAUUCAAGACGUAGAUUUAAUGGCUCUGGGAUGGAGAAGAUAUUUAUUCAAACAGACGGCUUAAACUACGACGGAACGUCACUAGAAUACGCCAUAAUAGAUGAAAGAUUUGCUAUGGCUGAGGGAAUAACAUAUGUUCCAGUGAAAAACCCCGGCUAUGGCGUAACAAAGGUUCUUCUUACAGCAUUUGAUUCCGGUGGAAGAUUGUGUAGACCGUUCUGUAAGCGUUCCGAUACAGGUGAGUUCGAGCCAUGCUCGGGUGCUGUUGCCAUUGAUUCAUCCAGUCCUCUGAUGUUUGGGGAAACAUAUGCUGAUAACAUUCUUAGUCGAUAUGAGUUUAAACAGGAAUUCCCUUACUCACAAGAUCGAGGUAUAUUCAUUAUAUACUAUUGCGACUUUCAAGAGGUUUGGCCAUGGGAUAUGUCUUGGAGUAAAGAUAGUUGCUGA